CUUUCUGGUGCGGACCGCGAGCGGAGACUGAGAGCGCCGCCGCCGGAGAAGACCGACCCUCGGCCAGAGCCAGCCCGUGGCGCCCGGGCCUGGCUGGCUGCUUCCGCCUCAGCCGCAGCUCCGGCUCCCGCCGCCGCAGACACCGUCCAGGCGAGCGCGGCGGAACGCGAGGUCCUUCGGCCCAGCCCGGUCCGGUGCGGCCCGGAUCCGUGGCACGGGAGGACCCCUACAGUGAACCAUGAGUCGGUAAUGCCCACUGAGGACUUCUGGGAGCCAUGUCAGACGAAUCUGCCUCAGGGAGCGAUCCAGACCUGGACCCGGACGUGGAGCUGGAGGAUGCGGAAGAGGAGGAGGAGGAGGAAGUGGCAGUGGAGGAGCAUGACAGGGAUGACGAGGAAGACCUGCUGGAUGACCCAUCCCUGGAAGGCAUGUGUGGCACUGAGCAUGCCCAGCUGGGGGAAGAUGGGCAGCGGCCGCCGCGGUGCACUUCAACUACCUCAUCUCAGUCUGAGCCUUCAGAGCAGCUUAGGCACCAAGGCAAGAUCCUAGCAUCCGAAGACCCCAAAAAGAAGAGAGCUCAGAAGCCCUCUCAUAUGAGAAGAAACAUACGAAAGCUUCUCCGGGAGGAUCAAUUGGAGCCCGUUACCAAAGCAGCACAACAGGAGGAAUUGGAAAGAAGAAAGCGCCUGGAGCAGCAGAGGAAAGAAUACGCAGCCCCCAUUCCUACUGUCCCUUUGGAGUUCCUACCUGAGGAAAUUGUCUUACGAGCAAGUGAUGGUCCACAGCUCCCUCCUCGGGUCUUGGCCCAGGAAGUUAUUUGUUUGGACAGUAGCAGUGGCAGUGAGGAUGAAAAAAGCAGUCGAGAUGAGGUGAUUGAACUGAGUUCUGGAGAGGAGGAUACUCUGCACAUCGUGGACAGCAGUGAGUCUGUCAGCGAGGAGGAUGAGGAAGAGGAGAAGGGUGGCACCCAUGUGAAUGAUGCCUUAAACCAGCAUGAUGCUCUUGGGCGGGUCCUUGUCAACCUGAAUCACCCUCCAGAGGAGGAGAAUGUCUUCCUGGCCCCACAGUUGGCACGGGCUGUGAAACCUCAUCAGAUUGGUGGGAUCCGGUUCCUAUAUGAUAACCUAGUAGAGUCUUUAGAGAGGUUUAAGACCAGUAGUGGCUUUGGCUGUAUCCUGGCCCAUAGCAUGGGUCUUGGGAAAACUCUGCAAGUGAUCUCCUUCAUUGAUGUCCUCUUCCGUCACACGCCAGCCAAAACAGUCCUUGCCAUUGUGCCGGUUAAUACUCUUCAGAAUUGGCUGGCAGAGUUCAACAUGUGGCUCCCGGCUCCUGAAGCUCUCCCAGCUGACAACAAGCCUGAAGAAGUCCAGCCACGGUUCUUCAAGGUUCAUAUCUUGAAUGAUGAGCACAAGACGGUGGCAUCCCGUGCUAAAGUGACGGCUGAUUGGGUUUCAGAAGGUGGAGUGCUGCUGAUGGGGUAUGAAAUGUACAGGCUGCUCACUCUGAAGAAGUCCUUUGCCACAGGUAGACCCAAGAAAACCAAGAAACGCUCUCACCCUGUCAUUAUUGAUCUGGAUGAAGAAGAUCGACAGCAGGAGUUCCGCAGAGAGUUUGAGAAAGCCUUAUGCCGCCCUGGUCCUGAUGUGGUGAUCUGUGACGAGGGCCACCGCAUCAAAAAUUGCCAAGCCAGCACCUCACAGGCUCUGAAGAAUAUACGUUCUCGUCGGCGGGUAGUGCUGACUGGGUACCCUCUACAGAACAACCUCAUUGAGUACUGGUGCAUGGUGGACUUUGUGCGCCCAGAUUUCCUUGGUACUCGCCAGGAGUUCAGCAACAUGUUUGAACGCCCUAUCCUGAACGGGCAGUGUAUUGACAGCACACCUCAGGAUGUCCGCCUCAUGCGCUACCGGAGCCAUGUUUUGCACAGCCUCCUGGAGGGCUUUGUGCAGAGGAGAGGCCAUACUGUAUUGAAGAUUCACCUCCCUGCCAAAGAAGAGAAUGUGAUCCUGGUGCGGCUUUCUCAGAUCCAGCGAGAUUUGUACACACAAUUCAUGGACCGUUUCCGGGACUGUGGUAGCAGUGGCUGGUUGGGGCUGAAUCCUCUGAAGGCUUUCUGUGUGUGCUGCAAGAUCUGGAACCAUCCUGAUGUUCUAUAUGAAGCCCUUCAGAAGGAAAACCUAGCCAAUGAGCAGGACCUAGAUGUGGAAGAGCUUGGCUCAGCAGGGACCAGUGCCCGUUGCCCACCACAGGGCACAAAAGUCAAGGGAGAAGAUAGCACCCUGGCUUCCUCCAUGGGAGAAACAACCAAUAGCAAGUUCCUACAGGGAGUUGGCUUUAACCCUUUUCAGGAGCGAGGCAAUAACAUUGUUACAUAUGAAUGGGCCAAGGAUCUUCUGACUAAUUACCAGACUGGAGUCUUAGAAAACUCUCCCAAGAUGGUACUGCUUUUCCACCUGAUUGAAGAAAGUGUGAAGCUUGGGGACAAGAUCCUUGUCUUUAGCCAGAGCCUUUCUACCUUGGCUCUCAUCGAGGAGUUCCUAGGGAAACGAGACGUGCCCUGUCUGCCUGGUGCUGAAGGGCAAGGAACACAGAAGUGGGUUCGAAAUGUCAGCUACUUCCGGCUAGAUGGUAGCACCCCUGCCUUUGAGAGAGAGCGGCUCAUUAAUCAGUUCAAUGAUCCCAGCAACCUCACCACCUGGCUGUUUCUUCUUUCCACAAGGGCCGGAUGCUUGGGUGUGAAUCUGAUUGGUGCCAACAGAGUGGUGGUAUUUGAUGCUUCCUGGAACCCUUGCCACGAUGCUCAGGCAGUAUGUCGGGUAUACCGUUAUGGCCAGAAAAAGCCCUGUCACAUCUAUCGCCUUGUGGCUGAUUAUACUCUUGAAAAGAAGAUCUAUGACCGGCAGAUUUCCAAGCAGGGCAUGUCAGACCGGGUAGUGGAUGACCUAAACCCAAUGCUGAACUUCACCAGGAAGGAAGUGGAAAACCUGCUGCACUUUGUUGAGAAGGAGCCAGCUCCCCAGACAUCUUUGGAUAUAAAGGGGAUCAAGGAGUCAGUCUUGCAGCUUGCCUGUCUGAAGUACCCUCACCUCAUCACCAAGGAGCCUUUUGAGCACGAAUCAUUGCUCCUCAACCGAAAGGAUCACAAGCUGACCAAAGCUGAGAAGAAAGCAGCAAAAAAAAGCUAUGAGGAGGACAAGCGUACAUCAGUACCGUAUACUCGCCCAUCGUAUGCGCAGUAUUACCCUGCCAGUGACCAGAGCCUGACCAGCAUCCCUGCCUUCAGUCAGAGGAACUGGCAACCAACACUGAAGGGUGAUGAAAAGCCUGUGGCCAGUGUUCGUCCUGUACAGUCCACCCCCAUCCCCAUGAUGCCCCGGCAUGUCCCACUCGGUGGCAGUGUAAGCUCUGCCUCCAGCACAAAUCCAUCUAUGAACUUUCCCAUCAACUACUUGCAGCGGGCAGGAGUCCUUGUGCAGAAAGUGGUCACCACGACAGAUAUUGUUAUUCCUGGACUCAACAGCUCCACAGAUGUUCAAGCAAGAAUCAAUGCUGGUGAGAGCAUCCAUAUCAUCCGGGGGACGAAAGGGACAUACAUCCGCACCAGUGAUGGACGGAUCUUUGCUGUCCGGGCAACUGGCAAACCAAAGGCCCCUGAAGAUGGUCGGAUGGCUGCCUCAGGUUCCCAGGGGCCUCCUCUUGCAUCCACAAGCAAUGGCAGACACAGUGCCUCAUCACCCAAAGCCCCUGAUCCUGAGGGGCUGGCCAGGCCCGUCUCUCCUGACAGCCCAGAAAUCAUCAGUGAGCUUCAGCAGUAUGCAGAUGUGGCCGCUGCUCGGGAAUCCCGCCAGAACUCCCCCAGCAUCAGUACCGCCCUGCCUGGCCCCCCAGCCCAACUUAUGGACAGUAGCACCAUUCCUGGGACAGCUCUUGGAACUGAGCCAUGCCUUGGGGGUCAUUGCCUCAAUAGUUCCCUCUUGGUGACUGGCCAGCCCAGUGGUGGCAGGCACCCAGUGCUGGACUUAAGGGGCCACAAGCGAAAGUUGGCCACUCCAUCUGCCACCCAGGAGUCAGUCCGUCGGCGGUCCAGGAAGGGCCAUCUGCCAGCCCCCGUGCAGCCCUAUGAACACGGGUAUCCAGUCUCUGGCGGGUUUGCCAUGCCACCCGUCUCCUUAAAUCAUAACCUCACCACCCCCUUCACCUCCCAGGCUGGGGAGAAUUCCCUAUUUAUGGGCAAUACCCCCUCCUACUACCAGCUGUCCAAUUUGCUGGCAGAUGCCCGCCUGGUGUUUCCAGUGACUACUGACCCUCUGGUGCCAGCAGGCCCUGUCAGUUCCUCUUCCACGGCUACCUCAGUCACUGCCAGCAACCCCUCCUUCAUGCUCAACCCCUCUGUGCCAGGGAUACUACCCAGCUAUUCACUCCCAUUCUCACAGCCACUCCUGUCCGAGCCGAGGAUGUUUGCGCCUUUUCCUUCCCCUGUCUUGCCCAGCAACCUUUCUCGGGGCAUGUCUGUCUACCCAGGAUAUAUGUCCCCACAUGCAGGCUACCCAGCUGGUGGCCUUCUCCGGUCCCAGGUGCCUCCAUUUGACUCCCAUGAGGUUGCCGAGGUGGGGUUCAGCUCCAAUGAUGAUGAGGAUAAAGAUGAUGAUGUGAUAGAGGUCACUGGGAAAUAGCUAGGAAGCCCUUUCCCACCUCACUUGGGGCCCCUAGCAGGUUGCCCACCAAACUGGAAGGCAGUGAACCUGGUCUUUCUAAAAAUAGGGUACUUGGCAGGAGGGAAAAGAAGACAAAGAAGAGUGGUUGGCCGUUAUGGCAGGGCUCUAUUGCUGUUUAUUAGAAGAUGAAAAAGAAAAGAAAAAACCCAGAAACCCCAGCAGAGCUGCAAUAGUGGGAAAUCAGGGACCGAAAACAGGGAUGGAGGGGUAGAGCAACCUGCCUCUUCCUUCCUGCCUUGCUUAUGCUGUCUGCUCAUUUGCCCAUCUGAGUGUAGAAGAGCUCAUAUCCCUUUUUGCCUUUGGGAACAUCUCUCCCAAGAGAGCUAGCUGCCUUACUGAGUGUCUUAGUUUGGCCUGGGAUGGGAGAAGAGAGAGGGGGAAUGAGGAAGAUGAGGGCGGGCGUGGGAAACAGACUGAGAUUCCAUGUGAAGUGGUAUCUUUUUAGGAGGUAGGAAGGAAGCAGAACAGGUGUGUGUGUGUGUGUGUGUGUGUGUGUGUGUGAGAGAGAGAGAGAGAGAGAGACUACACACAUAUGUAUGUAGCAGAAUGGAUCAAGGUGGGAGGGGAGGGAGGGGAAAAGUAAGGUAAAGUAAAGAAAUGAACUUUUCUUUUUUAAAGUGUAGAUCAGAGUGUGGUGGUUUAUGGCUACUCACUUGAACAUCACUUGAGUCCUGGAGAAGAGCCGUGGGCAUCAUUUCCUUCCAGACAGGCAAAGAAGGCCAUGCUAACUCGAGGCCCUAGUUUUCGGAGUCACGUGUUUAAGUUGAGGGGCAAUCAUGAGAAAGGGAGCAUUUCCAGUCUCCUACUCUCCCCAGUGGUCAUCUCUGAGUAGAUGUCUCUUUCCAUACAGGCUAGACAUACAGGCUGCAGUGAGGUUGAGUUAUGUCGUGGUUAGAAAAGACAUGCUUCACCAGGGCAGAUCCAAGCCCUUCUCUCUCCCUCCCUGUUAGAGAGCUCCAUGUUAAUUUAUUUCUUACGGGCAAUUAUUUAUUAUCUUCAUUUGGGGCAAGGGUGGUAGGGGGAGGUUAUAAGAAAGAUAGGAGAUAGUAAAGGAAGUUCUAAGAUAUUCCAGACCCCCUAGCUGCUGGUGGAUUAAAAAAAAAAAAGUUUCAGAUGGACGGUGAAUUAAUUAACCAGGGGAUGAGAAUUAGAAUUAACCAAGAGUUAAAGCGACUGUGUUGUGGGGAAGUAGCCUCUCAGGAAAAUCAGGGUGCCCUGAGACUGGCUAGUUGGGGGUGGUGAGACUCAUUCCACAGAAAUUGAAACUUGGGAUCAUGGACUUUGCUACUGGGAAGUAAGUAACCUCCACGUUUGAACUGUUAUCUUCUAUGAUGAUUUUACAGGCCAGUUCUCUCUGCUGAAUAGUGAAACUGGAUAGGUAGUUGCCGGGUUGAGGUAAUGGACUAUUGGUUUCCAGUUGGGAAUUGUCUUGGCUUCCUCAGCAUAUUAGGGGGUCAGUGUGGGCCUGAUUUCUGUUGCCUCCAUCUUCUCUGAAGGGUGUGGGGAAGCCCUUCCAUUGUCUGGCUUUUGUUUUAGAACACAUGACUUAUUCUGGUCUCCCUCCCUAUUCUAAAUGCGAGGGCAGGAGUUUCUAGUGCUUAAACAUAAACACUGGCUGUUUCUUGGUGUGUACUGUGUCCUAUAGCUCCCCUGCCCCCGAAUAUUUCCAGGCAGUUCUUUGUGAUGAAUAACACACAUGAUGGUGCCUGACUUUCCCACCUUUCCUUGGCUCCAACCUGAUUGGGCAACUGCUAAAUCUGCCUCUUAGUCCAAUAUGCAUCUUAACUUGCAACUCUUGACUAGUGGCUUCCAUUGUUGGGGGAGGAGGGAGCUUUAAGGCAGAUACUGGGGUUUUCUCAGACAGGGAGAUGCUGAUGGGGUAUGUUGUAUGUUGUGUGUGUACUGCCCAGAACACCAAAAGUGGACUUUAUGUUUUCAUACGCACCCUGUCAGACACUGAACUCUUCUACUCAUAGAAGCCUUAGAUCUACAAUUUAGCUAUGCAAAUUAUUUUAAUAACUUAAAAUAGCAGUUCCAAUCAGUGCUUUCUCUGAAAUGUAGCCCAAAAAUAGAUAGUUGAGGCAUUUUAAUUGGAGUGGGCUCUUAGGUUGAAGCUGGCGCAGUGUGAGCGAGCUAGUCCUGAUCUCUGUAAUUUGAAAAACACACACAGAACUUGGGUUACAUCAAUGCCUCUGGAACACUGAGCUCCCAGAGUUGUGUGUGUUAGCUGUGUCUGUGUUUAUGUCUGUGUGUGUAUUAUAUAGAUGCCUCUCAUACCUUGGAACACUGAGCUCCCAGAGGGGCUGUGUGUGUGUGUGUGUCAAGUGUGUCUGUAUUUAUGUCUUUGUGGGUACAUGGAUGCCUCUCAGACCUUGGAACAUUGAGCUCCUAGAGGUUGCAUGUAUCUGUGUCAAGUGUGUCUGUGUUUGUUACAUGGGUGCCUCUCAAACCUUGGAACACUGAGCUCCCAGACUUGUAUGUCUGUGUGUAUUCCUUGCCAGCCAGGGAAGUGGGUGUUUCUGUGUUCACAAAUAGGAAAUCACUAGAAAUCAUUUCAGUAGGGAACUGAAACCAGUCAGUUUUUAAGCUGCCAGGAAGUAAAUGGGUAUUCUGAGAGAUGGCAUGUGUCUGUCCUACACGCUGUCAUUCCAGGACUUUGAACUCACUUCAGCUUAGCAGAGGCCAUAACUCUAGGCAAGGCUUCUGGUUAAAAAAGGCUUUUUGUGAUAAUGUGCAGCUUCUGUUGCAUAGCGGUGGAAUGAGAGCAUGGGAGAUUGAAUUGCCUGUUGAUUCCGUGGACUUUGGCACCUGUACCUCCCAUCCAACAAGUCUAAAAUAUUUGGCUUUUCCUGUGGGCUAGUGGGGAAAUGUGCAUGCACAGCAAACAUGAGCAUGUGAUGAGGGGCGUAGGGAAUGUACAGUUAGUACUGUACUUAGAUUGGAAACACUUGAUAAGGGGACCUGUUGGCCUAUGCUUGGAAUCCUAGCCCUCAAGAAGCUGAGGAAGGAAGAUCAGCCUGGUCUACGCACACAGUGAGACCCUGGGCAAAGGCAGACAAAGAUCAGACUCAUGCAUUUUCUCUUCACUAGUUCUAUUUAUCUUUCAUGGAAUGUUUUGAAAGUUCUCUCAAGUCCAAUCAUUCUGGUGUAUUCUAAAUUCUGAUUCUAGGGAACACUACUAAAUGAUGCAGGAUGACACUUGAGAUACUUGAUUCCCUUUUCUUAGUCUGUAUCCCCUCUGGUAGGAAUGGAGUAGCUAUUCAAGAAAGGAAGUACAUGACCCCUGUUGGGUCAGAUCCUUCUUGAUAAGCAUCUUUGAAGUCCUCGACCCUUUGAGUUAUGCUACUUAAGUAUCUAUUGUUUCCUGGCUUAAAGAUAAUGCUGGCUGGUCCUUGGAACUCUUUUCUAGGAGUUUAUGUGUACAUUAUAUAUUUGUGACUUACAGCUAAAAAUGAAGUUCCUCACUCUGGGAGCAUGAAGCAAAGAGCUGAUUAGUUGAAACAAAGCAUGAGCCAUAUAGAUGGGACUGCUGGUAGCAAGCAGUCAGUAUCUUUAAGCCUGACAUUUUUUGCUCUGGAACUGAAUACUCCCAUGGGUGAAGAUUUUCUGGAGGCUUUACAUUCCUUGUUCCUAGACAGACUCUUGGCAUCCCCCUUCCCUUUGGUUUCUACAUGGCCAGACCUGAGACAUGGCUUUCUGUGCAUUCAACUAGGUUGCUCUCUCCCCAUCACAGAUGCUGAGAGAAGUCACCCUUCCUCCAAAGGAUGACUGUGGCUCCUCUGCUGACUAAUUCCCAGGAAAUCAGCACCUCCAGGCUGAGCUGAAAGUGCUGUGCUCUGCCCAUUGCUCACCAUCAGAUUCCGUUUCCUUUACACUGACCUUUGCCCCUGUGUCUUCAAGUUGCUGUGAUCCUAAAUGUCUGUUCUGUGCCACUAGCUUGGCUCUAGGCCUUUUACGAAUACCUGAGUCCUAUAAUGAUGAACUAAGAAGGCAGUGUCCACCCUCUUUGCUUUUCAGGGACCCAAGUCUGCGCCUUUCCCCUGCCACAAGUCUGUUUGCUAUAGUCACCUAGUGUGCUGGGGAGAGAUAGCCAGGCAGACUGCAUAAUCUACAAUGUAGAGGGCUGAGGGAGGUUUGGGCACUCUGCUACCACUACUAGGAUGAUGUUCAGAUGAGAGGGGACCUCAUACUGUGACCUGACCCAGGACCCUCCCUGGAAGAGAGUUCAGCCCAGCUGUGUUUGAGUGUGUGUGUGUGUGUGUGUAUGCGUCUGCAUGUGUGUGUGCUCAUGUGCACUGUGGUGUAAAAUGACUGUUAUCUGGUUGUGUAACUCAGGGUAGGCUGGGGACUCACCAGAAGAAUCCCUCCAGCCUGCCCAAGACAGGUUUUUUCCUUGUACCCUCUUCAGAGGGAUCAGAGAGAGGGUCCAGGUGGGUUGAAGGGGUUGUAAUGGAUAACCACUAAGGCCACACUGCUGCCAGAGGAGUUGGGGGAGGUGGGAGGAGAUGGGUUGCCCCAAGGCCCUGGUACCUGGCUUUAGUUUUCUGUCUUCUUUCCUCAGGACGCCCCUGAGGCCCGGGACCCAUGCCUGGCUUAGAGGACCAUCUGUGGCUGGUGAUCCAGCUGCUAGUGUGAUCAUGGGCUUCCCUCUCUCUCAGCAGGGCAGGCACUUCUGCCCCAGAGACUGGGCAACUGGCUGUUUCUAUGACGUAUUUAUUUUUACUUGUGUUUCAUGUCACUUUUUUAAAAAAGCAAACAGAACAAUUGUAAGUCAGUAUAACUGCCUAUCAGUUUUCUUUAUUUCUCUUUUUGUAAAAUAAAAUUUAAACUCGA